CUCACACCACACACCAUGUUCGCUCGCCUCCCAAUCCGCUCUCUGCCGCGCGCCGUCGCACCGACGCUGCGCCGGGCGCCCGUCGCGCGCCGCUCGCUCGCCACGUCGCCCGUGCGCCGUGCGUCCGAGCCGCAGGACCCGCCGCCGAUCAUGCCGGCCGCCAUGGACAAGCUGCUCGGCUCGCCCAAGGCUAUGGCCGCGGUGGAGCGUCUGAUGCAGCUGCUCGAGAGCAAGGGCGUGGACGUCAAGAGCGGCAAGCCGCCGAGCAUGUUCCAGCUGGCCAAGAUUGCGGCCGACGGCGAGGUGCGCCAGAAGGUCAGCGAGGUGAUGACGGAGCUGAAGGACGCCGGCGUCGAUGUCUCGCCCGAGAAGCUGCAGCAGCUGCUCGGCGGCAACAACCCGUUCGGCAACGGCAGCGAGGGCGAGAAGAAGUGAAAACUUGGGCGAUAUGAAGAACGACGAGAGAGAGAGAGAGAGCACACACGUGUAUCAGUAGCUGGUCUGCAUCACAUUGGGCCCUGAAGCCAACAGCGCAAUCUCAGACGUUGCCGCACA